UUAUGCUGUAGGCCAUGUCACAGAGACAGGAGCAUGCUCUCCGUAUUGUAGUCUCUCCUUGCAGCUUAAGGAAGUGAGGCUGCUGACUUUUCCUUGCAAGUGUUAGACUCAGCGAACAGUGAUGGCAGGCACCAUUGCUUUGCCUCUUCAAGAAUUCAUCGGCUCACUGGACAACACCAGUUUGCCAAAACUUUUGCAAGUUUGCUCUGGAGUGUAUUUCCAAGGUUCCGUAUAUGAACUUUCUGGAAGUGAAGUGUGCUUUUCUACUGGGGAUCUAGUAAAGGUCAUUGGCAUUGAACUGCAGUCUGUUUCCUGUGAAGAUAUCAUUAGCAAUGAGACGUUUGAGUUACCUAUCACUCACACAGGACUGUUCAAAGUGGUCCCCGAGCAGAAGCCAUACUCUUCAGUUGAGGAGAUGUUGAGCAUGAGGCCCGUUGGCCUGAAUGACUCUCUUCCUUUUACCUUCACCAGCAACUCCAAGAUGACCUUUGGCAGUCUCAUACUGGGGGCCGGCAAAGCUCUGACCGUGCUCUCCAUCGAGAGGCAUAAGGGAGAAGAGGAUAAGGUGCGUUGCCACGUAAGAGGACAAACAGAGGCCUCAGCCGAAGUGUGCAUUCCUCUGUCUUGUCACGGGGAGUUUUACGAAUGUGAGAGCGAGGAUUGUUACACUCUGAAGGAGAUCAUGUCUUCACCUCGCCUGCGCACACGAAGGUUUCGCUUUGUUAAGACCACCAAGUGUGACCGGGUCCUCAUCUUUAGUCCAAUCCACCAGGUCCAGGCCAUCAUGAACUUGAGGAAGAACAUACUUAGGUUUCCGUCCAGCCUGGAGGUGGAUGUGGUUGAUGUCACUGAUGUGUGUAAAGACGUACAUUUUGUGACACCUCUAAGUCUGACAGAGGUCCUGUCUCUUCCGGACGAAUCGUUCCCUGUGGUGGCAGAGAUAUUAGAGGAGCCGGAGAGCCGCUCUUUUUUCAAGUGCGCCUGGCUGCCAGGGCUGAUCAAGAGCACCAACCUGGUUAUGCACAAGAAAGGAACUACUGCCAUGGUCCUGAUGUCCAGCCUGAAGGGCCGAAAGAAUCAGCAGUACUUCCUUGUGUCCCAGCAGUACGGUGGACGGUUUCGAAGGCGGCCGAGAGAAUUCAACUCGGUGUACGAGGUGUAUGUUGCUUCAACGCAGACACACGGCCUGACGGUGAGCGUGACAAGAAACUGUGAGGAAGUUGAGGAGGAGGGUCUGCCAGGCCUCAGCAUUGGGGAGAAGCUAGAGAUUGUGGACUGCACUAGAAUGGAGUUGCCUUGUGAAAACAAUAAAGGGCAGAGGCAGUCUGUCGAGGCUCUUUUGUGUCAUCGUCUCCAAGAGCCAGACGAUGAUGAGGAGGAAGAAGAGGAAGAGGAUGAAGAAAGGGAUAAACGGGAAGAGGAAAAAGAGGAGGUCUUCCUGCCUCUGUACAUGCAGGGUCACUUUGUAGAGGUUCUUGGUGAAAACAAAAAGUAUAAACUCAGUGACUUGGGUAAGGAGUUCCGUUUGCCACUGGAUGUCAAAGUAGUGAGUCGAGAUACUGAACUAGAGACUGACCCCCUAGUUGGGUUUUCUUGUCUAAGAAUAGAGGGGGCAAUACUGGAGCCCAGCAUCCAGGCAAGCUUUCCAGACAGACCCGACCAUUGUUUUCUGCUUCUACCCCAGUGGCUCUCUUUGUCCGUCUCUUUCACCACGGAGCCCCUUCCGUGGUCUCAGGACAAGUGUCCUAAGUGUUUCACAGAAAGGGUUAGUGAGGUGACAGACACGUUCUUUUAUGAAUAUCGCAAAAAGGAUAACUCAGAUGAGGCUCCUCCCCCCCGACCGCCAAAGCGAGAUAUGUCAUCAUCAAACUUAGUCAAAAAAACAUCAAAAUCCACAAAGAAACCCUCCAAGGCAAAGAGAAGCAAAGACAAAGGUGUCCCGACAGACAAGCUCAACACUUUAACUUUGAAUAAUAAGAAAAGGCCCCCAGCUCCACCGCCUCCCGAGAGCUUAAAUGAAGAACCUCCUCCUCCUCCAGUUUUACCACGAAAGUACUCGACAGAAGAACCAACUAGCAAGGCCCUGCCAAAUACUUAUGUAAAGAUAAACACAUCGUCAAAAAACGAGCUCCUGUGUGGCGUGGCUGCAGACGUGGAUAGUGAUCAUGACUAUGAAACGAUGGAUGAGUCUUUAGUAGCUAUGGUAAAGACAGCAGAAGAAAGCGUGAUGUUCUAUUAAAAAGAAAGUGCUGUUUAGCAAACAAUAAUGUGAGCUGGAUAUCAUGUGGGCAGGAAGUUUUGAAUCACUGAUACAUGGGGGAGCAAAGGCUGGCACAAGUAGUUCAGUCUAACAGACAAGCUACUGUAGCUCAAACUGCUAUGGAAGACAAUGCUGGUUCGGACAGAAAGGUGAUUAUUGAUGGCAGCUGGAUUUUAUUUGGGCCCUUCAGAGUAAAGGGGUCCGAAUGCCAGUGCAGGCAACGCUUUUCACAUUUCUGCAAGCAUUGCAUAGGGUAAAUACAAACUGCAUUAGCCAUUGUAAGCCAAACUGUGGUGUAAAGCUAAUAAGCACAAGCAGCUAUAAUCAUGAGUUGUUGGAGCACAUUGUUCUUUGCUUCAUUUGAAAACUAAUUAAAAGGCAGCAGCUGUGCAAAAUAUUUUAAGAACCACUAUUAGAAAUUGAAGAGAAUGAAGCAGGAACAAGUUCUGGUGGCUGCUUGGCCUGCUUUCCUUUUAACUUCACAGCGGUGAAUCUGGAAGACAUGUUUACUAACUUCUGUGCUCAGUGACCAGCCAACUGCUGUGAACAAUACAAAGCAAUAAUACUGUUUUGUCUGCAUGUUUUUUAAUACACUGUAGCAACAUGUCCUCUAAUAGAAGUUGUAUAGUGCCAUGAAUGGUGAGUGAAUUGUUGAGAUGAAGGCAGCCUGAAGUACAAAUAAAGUAGAUAUAUUCUAAACAUGUGGCGUCCAUUUUGGACUUUGACAUCUGGGUUGGUGAGAAAUAAACUAUACAAACUAGGAUGUCUGACUUGAGAUGACCUUUUCUAUUCAUUUUCACAACCUCACAUUUGGAAAAUCUGUCUUUUAAGUUCAAAUAAAAUUCACAGUUAACCCACAUCCUGCAAGCCUGCCCCCCCCCCCCCCC